AUGGGAAGAAACUCACGAGACAAACGCGACAUUUUCUAUCGGAAAGCCAAACAAGAAGGUUGGAGAGCGAGGUCAGCCUAUAAAUUACUUCAAGUCGAUGAAGAAUUUAAUAUCUUUGAAGGAGUCAAGCGAGCUGUUGAUUUGUGUGCUGCUCCGGGAUCUUGGAGUCAAGUAUUGCAACGGAAAUUAUUAAAGAAAUUCCGAGAAGAAGGAGCACAAUUAAAACAUUUUAAUGAAGAUGAUUUUAGUGAUGAUGAGGAGGAUGGAAAUGAUGAAUUCAAUAAUGUUGCGAAUGAAGAAAUGAGUAAAAAGUAUCAUGAUGACAAUAACAUGAAUACAAGUGCAUCAUCGGAACUCGUGGAUGAUGAGAAUAAGUACGAUGAAGAUGCAAUUAUUGUCAGUGUGGAUUUACAAGAAAUGGCUCCAUUGGAAGGAGUGAUUGAAAUUCAGGGUGAUAUAACAAGUGAAAAAACAGCAGAGGAAAUUGUACAUCAUUUUCGAGGAAAGAAGGCACAGUUGGUGGUUUGUGAUGGAGCACCUGAUGUGACGGGAAUGCAUGACAUUGAUGAAUACAUUCAAUUACAACUCAUUCUCGCAGCUCUCAAUAUUACCACACAUGUCUUGGAAGAGGGUGGCUGUUUUGUGAGCAAAAUAUUUAGAGGAAAAGACAUUACACUGCUGUAUGCUCAAUGUGGUGUAUUUUUUGAGAGAGUCUAUUGUGCCAAACCUAAAUCUUCUAGAAAUUCAUCUCUUGAAUCCUUUGUCGUUUGUAAGGGAUUUAAGCUUCCUCCAGGAUAUAUCCCAAGAAUGGUCGAUCCAUUACUUGACUUUCAAUACAAUGAAGAAAAAUAUCAAGGUGGCAAUGUGACAAGUGCAGCUCAAAAUGGAGGUCCCAUGCUAGGAGCUGAUCGAUAUAUUGUGCCGUUCUUGGCAUGUGGAGAUUUGAGUGGAUUUGACAGUGACAGAACGUAUUCGAUUGGUGUCAAUGAAGAGCUUGGAAUGAAACCCAUUCAGCCACCCACAAAUCCACCCUACAAGAAGGCAGUUGAGCUGAAAAGAAGCAACAACAAUUUGAAGGUUGAUUUGAUGUUUAAAUAA